AUGUCGGUUGGAAACGAGGACGGUAACGCGUUCGAUGGCCUUGUCGUAAUCUUCGAAGGCGAGAUGGUAGAGCUGACAAUAGAUUUAGGAACGGGAAAUGGCGAAGCCUUGGGAAAUUCAACAGGCUUCGUAAGUUACCCUCACAAAAUCGGUGAUGUGGAGAUCAACUUCCAGAGGAAAAGAUUUUGGCACCUCAAGAAGUGA